AUGUUUUUUGAGGAUCACUUGGAUGAGGCUUUCAGCAGGGAAACCAGCCCCGACGGCGUUGCGGGCAGGCGAACAAAUGGCAAUAGUAACAACAACGAGGCAUCGCUACACAAAUCCUCCGCCGCUCUCAGUGAGCUUCUCAAGUCCCUUGUUCAGGCGACGGAGAAUGAACGCUGCGCACCGGACAUCUUGCCUUAUCCUGAAGCCAUUGUGGACGGCGUGGCAGCUCAGAUAGCAGCUCAGAAUGAGCAGAUUAGACUUUUGAGUGUAGAAGAAAAGCAACAAACAGCUGAGAAGGACCCCGGCGCCUCUCUGCUUCCUUUUAAACCCUCCGACAUCAUGGCACUUGAGGUGCAACGCGCGCAGUUUUUUCUUUCUGAGCUUUUGCGUUGUCGUCUGCGAAAAAUUGAGGCCUUAGCAUUGUCGCUAUUCUACGAGGGUCAGCUGCAUAGCGAUGCACCAACACAGCUGCGCGGAAUGCUGUCGCACAACGAAGUAAUCGUUGCCGACCGACUCGCGGAACUAAUGGCCAAGUAUGUUCUCCAGGCGGGUUUGCAGUCUGCUCCAGCAGAGCUGCAGUGCCUUAUCCCGAACCUUCCUUACGCGGAGGGAGUUGAAAUGUUGCCAGUGCCGGAAUUAGACCAGUACGUCUUUUGUGUUGUGCUUGACGAUCUGGGUGUGGUGCGCCUGGGGGAAGAUGCGGUGCAAGCAGUUCAUGCCGGCGAGAUCUUUUUAGUUCCAUACCGCGCCUUUAGGCCGUAUAUUUUGGAUGGCCGGGUCCGUUUGGUCUAA